AUUCGUACACUAGCACCUUGUUUCCUUCAUUAUAAAGCCGAAUUAUAACUAAUUUUCCUUUUGGGGGUCGGGGCUAUAUUCAUUAUGAGGUAUAUUUGUUUUUGGUUUAGUUGUUGAUUUGUUUUGUUCUGGGUUUUUUUUCAAUUAAAAAACUUGUCAAGUUAUUUUUUAAUCAAUUAAUCGAUUAUCGAUGUUCAUAGUGCACGUCUUGAUGUGACAUGUCAUACACACAAAAGAAACAAUCUCAUGGAAUCUGAACAUGUGUCGCGUCUAUACACAUCACAUAUAAGACGUUUGAUGGUAUCGUGUUGGAUGAAUGAACAUGAGGAUAUUACACUGUUAGAGGAGGCAAGACGUUCUCUGUUGUCCCAAGUCCCUCCAUCUGUUGCCGUGUCCUGUCAAUAGGCUCAGUGUCACGUGGCAGUCUCCAUCUACCGGCCUUGUCCACGAGUACAAUACUCAAUGAAACAUCAGAGAUGAUCAAGAAUCCUACGAUACAUCAUGGCGUCCCUCACACGACACUCGGUUAGCCUAAGGAGUGUUUGGCUUAUUUUCUUGUUCAUAACCUGUAAAACAAUUGCUGGUGCGAGUGCGAGCGGAACAUCGCUCAUAUUCGAAUUACCUGACAAGGAGAAUUAUUGUUUCUCGGAAGAGUUCAGUGGAAUUUCUGUGGGGAAGCGAUUUAGAUUUCAGUAUAAAGUGAUACGAGGAGGCAAUAACGACGUCGACGCCAAAGUUGUCUCUCCUAAUGGAUUAGUUCUUUUCAAGGAACUGAAGAAACACGAUGGAGCAUUCGUGUUUGAUUCGUCUAGAGGUGAAUUCAGAUUUUGUUUUGGAAAUGAGUUUUCCACCUUUACGCACAAAAUCGUGUACUUUGAGCUACAGAACCAAGAGGUUUCUAAUCUCGCUGUAGAGGCCGGUGACGUAGUACCCACCGUCAAAACCUCAGCCGAGGCUUCCUGUGACGUCAUUCACGAGCAAAUGUCGUCUGUUGUUACCCAUCAAAGAGAUUAUCGCAUAAAGGAAUCCAUGGGCCGACAUCUAGCGGAUAAUAUGAACAAGGGGGUGACGUGGUGGUCUGUGGGACAGACGAUCGUCAUCUUAUUGGCGGGAGCUGGCCAAGUUUUUCUACUUAAGACAUUUUUUACGGAAAGAGUGCCAACAAAACAAGACGCUUAAUCACGUGACUUUGUCCUUAAAUUUUUCUAACUCGCAGAGUACUUAUUGGAAACAUUAGAUAUAUUCAUGAAACAUUAGAUAUAUUCAUUACAUGCAGUGUGUUUAAAUAAAUGAUUCUGGCUUUAUCAUAGGUUUUUAUAUACAUGUCACGGCCAGAAAGGACCUUAGGUUUGGUAGUUAAUAUCAGAUAAAGAUUCAAUCUAAAUCGUUUUCAAACAUACUUACUACAGUAACGACCAAAUAUUUAUAAAUAAACAAACAUAAAAUUUAUCGUCAGAACAGUCAUUUGUGUUUUAAUCUUAAUUUUGGUUCAGGAUUGAUUAAUAUUAGGACAGGUUUAUUGAUCGUAUGCAAUCAAUGAUUAUGCGCUUUGGGCGACUUUAAUGUUUUCAUAAUUUUUUGAUGGAUUAAGAAUUUGGACUAAAAUAGACAAGAUGUUCGCCAAUAUGUCACAUCAAAAUAUGUUGGUUUCAUCGAACACUAGUAUAACGACAAGGCAAUUGUGAUUGGAUAUUUAAUUGGAGAAAUCAACAUAUAUAAGUUAUCUGGUAGGUAAUCCUCAUGACAAAAUACUCGGCAUUUCUAUAUCAUAAAAUAACAAAUAAUUUUAUAUAUAACCUUACAUCAUUAGAAUAUCAAAAACAAUUCAUUUUUGUUGAUUUUAUCAACUCGUUGUAAUUCACCUUCUUCUAAAGAACGUAUUAAUUUUUCUUUAUAUACGGCACAACUCACAGCAUAACUUGAGCAAAUAACAAAUGUAGAAAAA